AUGGCAAAGCUCCCGUCUCAUUUAGGUAUUCAACAACCUAAUGUACGUGAAGUAACUGGUACCAUCAUUAUGAUGGAUGAUGCUAAUCCUGAAGAAAAUAUAAAUAGUGGCAACGUCAGUGAUAAUGAUGAUGGAAUAUCAUCUGUACACUCAUCCUUAUCUAUCAAACGAUCUAUCAAUGGUAUUAUUUUAAAUCCUCAGCCUCAUGAUAGUCCGAAUGAUCCAUUGAAUUGGCCCAUCUUGAAAAGAGAUUUAUGUUUAUUAUUAAUUGGUUUCCAAUCAUUCAUUGGAGGUGGUCAAACUCCAAUCUUAGCCGCAGGUAUGAAUUCAUUAGUGGUUGAGUUUAAUCGUCCUUUGGCUACAAUUUCUUAUUUGGUUGGUGGAUUCAUGUUAUCAUUAGGAUUUGGAUCGGUGUUUGCAUCUCCAACUGCCGUUCUUUAUGGUAAACGUUUAGUUUAUUUAGGUGGAAUUACUUUAUUUUUAGUUGGAUCAAUAUGGGCAGCAAAUGCUAAUUCAUUCGGAAGUUUAAUGGGUGCAAGAGUUAUAAUCGGUUUAGGUGCAUCUCCAACUGAAUGUUUACCAAGUUCAACUAUUGCUGAAAUUUAUUUCGCUCAUGAAAGAGCUUAUAGAGUUGGGAUUUAUACCAUGUUAUUAUUAGGUGGUAAGAAUAUCAUUCCAUUAUUAUCAGGUUUAAUCUUUCAAAAUUUAAAUAGACAUUGGUUAUUUUGGAUCUUAAGUAUUUUCUUAGGGAUAAAUCUAAUCUUAACCUUUUUAUUUGUCCCAGAUACUUUCUGGGAUAGAAAUCCAACCCCUAAUAAAAGAUCUCAAGAAGAAUCAGAAGCAGCUAGAAAAGUUAAAACUUAUCAUCCCCCUGAAGAACGUCCAAAUGCUUUUGCCUUACAUAGGCCAUCACAAUUUGAUGUGGUGGAUAUUGAAAGUCUUUCAUCAUCAAUUUAUAAUACCACCAAUAUCACUAAUCAACACAAUCCAGUAGGAAUAGACAAUCCCGAUGAAACCAUCCCAAAUCAUAUUAAUUCAGAUACUCCUCGUAGAUCAUUCAUUAAAGAUAUGGCUCUUUAUUCAGGUAGACAUACUCUUGAUAGUUGGUGGAUGGUAUGUCUUCGUCCAUUCUUCUUAUAUACCUAUCCAUCAGUAUUAUUCGGAUCAUUCGUAUAUUGUUUUGCGGUGGUAUGGUUAAUUGUCAUUUCUGAAACUAUUUCUGAUAUUUUCAUGGGUUCAGGGUAUGAUUAUGAUCAACAAACAGUUGGUUUAUUCUAUGUAUCACCUUUCGUAGGUGGGAUUCUUGGAUCAUUGUCAGCUGGUUUGAUAAGUGAUAGAUUGAGUAGAUAUUUAGUAUCGAAGAAUCAUGGAGUUUAUGAACCUGAAUUCAGAUUAUUAAUGAUUAUCCCAUCAACAUUUUUCAUAUCCUUCGGUCUUAUGGGAUUCGGAUGGUCAUCUCAAAAUAAAGAUGCAUGGAUUGCUCCUGUCAUAUUCUUUGGAUGUGUUGGAUUUGGUUCUUCGAUGGCUAGUACUACCGCCAUUACUUUCACGGUGGAUUCUUACAAAAUGUUUGCUGCAGAAUCAUUAGUUUCAUUCAAUUUCUUAAAGAAUUUAAUGGGGUUUAUAUUCUCGUUAUUUAAUAAUGAUUUCAUUCAUUCAAGAGGGGAAAGAACUGCAUUCUUAACUUAUGGAUCAGUCCAACUAUUCUUAAGUUUAUUUGCUAUACCUUUAUAUAUUUAUGGUAAACGACUUAGAAGUUGGACUGAUGAUAAAGAAAUCUUACGGAAAUUAUAUCAUGAAGAUAAUGCCCCUAAUACAAGUCAAAAUAGUCGUCCUAUCAUUGCUAUAAAUGAUGAAGUGGAAGAACAAGAAGAGGAAGGGGAAAUCACCGCUACCAACAAGACGGAAGACAUUGACGAUGAAAAUGAUAAUGAGAAGAAUGUUGAUCUUUCUGAUAUAACAGCUCAAAUCACAACUAAUGACCAUAAUGACAAUAAAAACAAUAAUGCCAACAAAAUUAGUAGCGGCUCUGAGGAGGGAACAUCUCCCGGUGAUUCGGCUGCCACUACAUUCAUUUCAAAUAAUGAAGAAAAACCAUAA